CUUCUCUGAGGAGCCUAUGGUCACAGGCUCUCAUUCUUGGCCACUGCUUUCCCUUCCAGGGUUCCUGCGAAUUAGGAUUCCUUGAACUGAAAACAAAGAAGUCAGGUUUCCUACUAAACCCUGUUCAGUUGCAAAGCAGUCAAUCAAUUAAAAUGUUCAGACCUGCUGUGACCUCUCUUCCAGCCAUUUGGAUGCUAUUUUAAAGUGCCAGAAGAUAACGUUGUUGAAAUGACAUAAAUUGGGUUUAAAAUGGAAACCCAUGAAGAAAGGAAAAGAUAACAUUUGGAGCAAAAGGAGUGCGUGAAUGUUUUUCUUUUGAAGAAGCAGCUUUACAUACGAUUAUGCUGAUUCUGAAGGUUCCAGGACUGAAUUGCGAAUUGUUUUUUCCCAGUUCAAUCGAUGGAUAUUUUCACCAUUCCUUAGAGACAUUGAAGUUGGGAGACGGAGUGUGAUGGGAAAAGCAGCAAGUUUGGGUGUGUUUUUAGCCUUUACACUUUGGAUUAGUUUGCUGUCUUGCUGAAGAGAUUCUGCUUUUGAGGGUCAACUAUUGAAUGUGAUGGAUUUACCUUCAGAAAUGAACAGACAUGGGAAGAAUCCAGUAAGUCACAAGUUAGAAGACCAAAAGAAGAUUUACACUGACUGGGCUAACCACUACCUAGCAAAAUUUGGCCACAAGCGCCUGAUCAAGGACCUGCAACAGGACAUUGCAGACGGAGUUCUGCUAGCAGAAAUCAUCCAGAUCAUUGCAAAUGAAAAGGUCGAAGAUAUCAAUGGCUGUCCCAGGAGCCAGUCUCAGAUGAUUGAAAACGUUGAUGUCUGCCUUAGCUUUCUGUCAGCCAGAGGAGUGAAUGUACAAGGUCUUUCUGCGGAAGAAAUAAGAAAUGGGAAUUUGAAAGCCAUUUUAGGACUGUUUUUCAGUUUGUCCCGCUACAAACAACAGCAGUACCAUCAACAACAGUACUACCAGUCCCUGGUGGAGCUCCAGCGAAGUAACCCUCACUCUUCUCCUCCAGCUGAAAUUAGCCAGUCCAAACCUCAUCAAGAUAUGCAGUCCAGUCUGACAGCCAGAUAUGCAACUCAGUCUAAUCACAGUGGGAUUUCAACCAGUCAAAAAAAGACUACUAGGCUUCCAGGACCUUCACGGGUGCCAGCUGCAGGCAGCGGGAGUAAGAUUCAAGGAGCCUCUAAUUUAAAUCGGAGAAGUCAAAGCUUUAAUAGCAUCGACAAAAACAAGCCUCCGCAUUAUGCAAAUGGAAAUGAGAAAGAUGCACCCAAAGGCCCUCCGCCAUCGUCAGGCGCGAACGGCCACAUGCAACAUCCUACCAGCAGCGGGCAGCCGCCGGCCUCUGCCAUCCCUUCUCCAAGUGCCAGCAAGCCUUGGCGCAGCAAAUCCAUGAACGUCAAGCACAGUGCCACCUCCACCAUGUUGUCAGUGAAGCAGCCGAGUCCCGUCACCUCUCCCACUCUGGCCUCCGACAGGCUCAAGCCGCCUCCUUCAGAAGGGGCCAAGCCUCCCCCGGCCGGGCAGAAAUCCAUGCUCGAGAAAUUCAAGCUCGUCAAUGCCCGGACCGCCUUGCAGCCCCCACCGUCCCCAAGCUGCGGUCCGAGCUACGGCGGGCGAGAGGAGGAUGGCCUGUCGGAGUGUGGUGAAAUGGACAGCUUGAACAGUGGCCUGAACAGUGGGGGCUCCGUCGGUAGCAGCCCCAAAGCGUCGCCUAAAUUGACUCCUCCAAAGGCUGGAAGCAAAAAUCUCAGCAAUAAAAAGUCUUUGAUACAGCCAAAGGACAAAGAGGAAAAGAACAGGGACAAAACUAAAAUUUGCACUGAGAAACCGGCCAAGGAAGAGAGGGAACCCGUCCCCGAGACCUCGAUGAAAAAGACCUCCAAAAUCGCCAGCUUGAUCCCGAAGGGAAGCAAGACCUCAACAGCCAAGAAGGAAAGCUUCAUCCCCUCCUCAAGCGGAAUUCCCAAACCCGGAUCAAAAGUGCCCUCGGCCAAACAGAGCCUUUCGCCUGGCAGCGGGGCCACUAAAGAGUCGGAAAAGUUCAGGACUACAAAGGGAAGCCAGUCCCAAACUGCCCCCAAGCCCCAAGUUGGAGAGAAGGCAAAUGCAUCCGGAAGCCACGCUUCUUUGGAGGGAAAGGAGUUCAGCCCGGCUCUGAUCCCAUCUUCCUGUGCUGCUGUCUCGGAGGCUGCAAAUAGUGGACAGAGUACAGGAAGUGUUGCUGUCCACCUCCCUCAGCACCAGCAAUACAGUCACCCCAACACAGCCACGGUAGCUCCCUUCAUUUAUAGCAGUACACGCCUGAAGAAAUCCACCAGAGCGCACCCAGAACAUGAUGGUACUUCUUUGCCAACCUCUGACUCCUGCACCAGCCCCACAAAAAUGGAUUUGUCCUACAGUAAAACAGCCAAACAGUGUUUAGAGGAGAUAUCGGGGGAAGAUCCAGAAACAAGAAGAAUGAGAACAGUUAAGAAUAUAGCAGACCUCAGGCAGAAUUUGGAAGAAACUAUGUCAAGUCUUCGAGGGACACAGAUAAGCCACAGCACGCUGGAGACGACAUUCGACAGCACCGUGACAACUGAAGUGAAUGGGAGGAGCAUCCCGAGCCUGACAAGCCGCUCCACCCCGGUGACCUGGAGGCUGGGCCAGGCCAGUCCACGGCUCCAGGCUGGGGAUGCCCCAUCCCUCGGGGGCAGCUACCCCCGGGGCAGCACCAGCCGGUUCAUCCACACUGACCCAUCCCGGUUCAUGUACACAACUCCUCUGCGCCGGGCGGCUGUCUCGCGUCUGGGGAACAUGUCCCAAAUGGACCUGAGUGAGAAAGCAAGCAACGAUCUGGACUUGGCCUCUGAAGUUGACGUGGGAGGCUACAUGAGCGAUGGUGACAUCCUUGGGAAGAGCCUCCGGGCAGAUGACAUCAACAGUGGAUAUAUGACAGACGGAGGACUAAACCUAUAUACUAGAAGUCUGAAUCGAAUCCCGGAUUUAGCAACGUCCCGAGAUGUCAUCCAGAGAGGGGUCCAUGAUGUGACGGUGGAUGCGGAUAGCUGGGAUGAUAGCAGUUCAGUAAGUAGUGGCCUCAGUGACACUCUAGACAACCUCAGCACAGAUGACCUGAACACCACUUCAUCUGUCAGCUCGUAUUCUAAUAUUACAGCCCCUUCGAGGAAAAACACUCAGCUGAAAACAGAUUCUGAGAAGCGUUCAGUAUCAGACGAGACCUGGGGCAGCACAGAAGAGCUGAAGAAGCCAGAAGAAGACUUCGAGGGCAACGCAGACAGCGGUGGAAAGUGGAAAGUCAUGCCUUCAGGGCUGUCUGAAGAUUCGGAAAAAGGAGGACAAAAAGUAUCGCUGCCUGUCUCAAACACAGGAUCCUGGAGAAGGGGCAUGUCUGCCCAAGGAGGAACACCAUCUAGGCACAAAGCUGGGGCAACCUCCAUUAAGAAUCCUGGGAAAACGGAUGAUGCGAAAGCCUCCGAAAAAGGGAAAUCCCCGCUAAAGAGCACUUCUAUUCAACGGUCUCCUUCAGAUGCAGGAAAAAGCAGUGGGGAUGAAGGGAAAAAGCCUCCGGCGGGCCUCGGGAGGUCAACGGCCACCAGCUCCUUUGGCUUUAAGAAGUCUGUGGUCGGAUCAUCCACUAUGAUCACGGCGAGCGGGGCCACCAUCACCAGCGGGUCGGCCACCCUAGGAAAGAUCCCCAAGUCGGCGGCUAUUGGAGGAAAAUCCAGCGCAGGGCGGAAAACCAGCCUUGAUGGCUCGCAGAAUCAAGACGAUGGGGUGCUGCAUGUCCACUCGAAGGGCACGCUGCAAUAUCGGAGCCUGCCUCGCCCCUCCAAGUCGAGUCCUACUGGCAUCCCCGGCCGAGGCGGGCACCGGUCCAGCACCAGCAGCAUAGACUCCAACGUCAGCAGCAAAUCCGCGGGCACCACCACCUCCAAGCUGAGAGAGCCCACCAAGAUUCCCGGAUCCGGACGGUCCAGCCCGGUCCCCGUCAAUCAGACUGAUAAGGAAAAGGAGAAAGUGGUGGGGUCCGAUUCCGAGAGCGUCUCCUUGUCGAGCUCACCCAAGUCGAGUCCCACCUCUGCCAGCGCCUCAGGAGCCCAAGGUCUCAGGCAACCUGGGUCCAAAUAUCCCGACAUCGCUUCACCCACGUUCCGGAGGCUGUUUGGGGCCAAGGCAGGGGGCAAGCCGUCCUCUUCAGCGACCACCGAGGGGGUGAAAUCCACCUCAGCGAUGCCCAGCCCAAGCGGCACGUUAGCACGACAAGGCAGUCUGGAGUCUCCAUCGUCGGGCACGGGCAGCAUGGGCAGUGCCGGCGGGCAGAGCGGCGGCAGCAGCCCCCUCUUCAGCAAACCCUCAGACCUAACCGCGGACGUGAUCAGCUUGAGCCAUUCCCUGGCCUCCAGUCCGGCCUCGGUCCACUCUUUCACGUCGGGAGGUCUCGUCUGGGCGGCCAACCUCAGCAGCUCCUCCGCGGGCAGUAAAGACACCCCGAGUUAUCAGUCGACGACCAGCCUCCACACCAGCUCCGAAUCGAUCGACCUCCCUCUCAGCCACCACGGCUCUCUGUCCGGACUGACCACGGGCACCCAGGAGGUCCAGAAUCUGCUCAUCAGGACCGGGAGUGUGAGAUCUACUCUUUCGGAAAGAUACACCCCGUCGUCCCGGCAGAACAGUCAAGAGGAAGGAAAGGAGUGGCUGCGUUCUCACUCGACUGGAGGCCUGCAGGAUACUGGGAGUCAAUCUCCUCUCAUUUCCCCUUCUGCAAUGUCAUCCUCUGCCACCGGAAAAUACCAUUUUUCCAACUUAGUGAGUCCAACUAAUCUGUCUCAGUUUAAUCUACCUGGACCCAGUAUGAUGCGCUCAAACAGUAUCCCAGCACAAGACUCGUCGUUCGAUCUAUACGAUGAUUCCCAGCUAGGUGGUAGUGCUACAUCUUUAGAGGAGAGACCACGAGCAAUCAGUCAUUCGGGAUCGUUCCGGGACAGUAUGGAAGAAGUUCAUGGCUCUUCCCUGUCAUUGGUUUCCAGCACCUCCUCCCUCUACUCUACAGCAGAAGAAAAGGCACAUUCAGAGCAAAUUCAUAAACUGCGGAGAGAACUGGUAGCAUCACAAGAAAAGGUCGCCACCCUCACAUCUCAACUCUCAGCAAAUGCUCAUCUAGUAGCGGCAUUUGAAAAGAGCUUGGGAAAUAUGACUGGCCGGCUGCAAAGUCUAACCAUGACAGCAGAACAAAAAGAAUCUGAGCUUAUAGAGCUGAGGGAAACUAUUGAAAUGUUGAAGGCCCAGAAUUCUGCUGCCCAGGCUGCUAUUCAAGGAGCUCUCAAUGGCCCAGAUCAUCAACACAAAGAUUUGCGUAUUAGACGGCAACAUUCUUCUGAAAGCGUUUCCAGCAUCAACAGUGCUACAAGCCAUUCCAGUGUUGGCAGUGGAAAUGAUGCUGAUUCCAAGAAAAAGAAGAAGAAAAACUGGCUGAGAAGCUCAUUCAAGCAAGCCUUUGGGAAGAAAAAGUCCACAAAGCCGCCUUCCUCCCAUUCCGAUAUUGAAGAGCUGACCGAUUCCUCCCUUCCAUCGUCCCCCAAGUUGCCCCAUAGCUCUGCAGAGUGUGGGGCAGCCUCCAUGAAGCCUUCCCAUUCCACUUCUGCGAUCUGUGAAUGCACAGAAGCAGAGGCUGAGAUUAUUCUGCAGCUGAAGAGUGAGCUGAGAGAGAAGGAACUGAAGCUGACAGACAUCCGUCUGGAGGCCCUUAGUUCUGCUCAUCAUCUUGACCAGAUCAGGGAAGCCAUGAACCGAAUGCAGAACGAAAUUGAAAUACUGAAAGCCGAAAAUGAUCGUCUAAAGGCAGAAACUGGCAAUACUGUGAAGCCUCCUCGCCCGUCUUCUGAGUCUUCGAGUAGUACCACCUCCUCCUCAUCCCGGCAGUCAUUAGGUCUUUCUCUGAACAACUUGAACAUUGCAGAUUCUGUUACCUCAGAUAUUUUAUUGGAGGAUGUUACCGAUGGUACUAUUCACAAAGAUCACAAAGAUGGCCGCAGUGUUAAAAUUAUUGUCUCCAUAAGCAAGGGCUAUGGUCAGUCAAAGGAUCAGAAGUCUCAGGCAUACCUAAUAGGAUCAAUUGGUGUCAGUGGGAAGACCAAAUGGGAUGUUUUAGAUGGUGUAAUCAGACGGCUAUUUAAGGAAUACGUUUUCCGAAUCGAUACGGCCGCUAGCCUUGGUCUGAGCUCCGACUGCAUCGCAAGCUACUGUAUAGGAGAUUUGAUCAGAGCACAUAGCGUAGAAGUGCCUGAACUGUUGCCUUGUGGAUAUCUUGUGGGAGAAAACAACAUCAUCACUGUGAACCUUAAAGGGGUGGAAGAAAACAGUUUGGACAGUUUUGUUUUUGAUACACUGAUUCCUAAACCAAUCACCCAGAGGUACUUUAAUUUGCUGAUGGAACAUCACCGAAUAAUUCUGUCGGGACCCAGUGGCACGGGAAAAACGUACUUAGCUAACAAACUUGCUGAAUACGUAAUAACCAAGGCAGGCCGAAAAAAAACAGAGGAUGCAAUCGCCAUUUUUAAUGUGGACCACAAGUCAAGUAAGGAACUGCAGCAGUAUUUAGCUAAUCUUGCUGAACAGUGCAGUGCUGACAAUAAUGGUGCAGACAUCCCUGUUGUAAUAAUUCUAGAUAAUCUCCAUCAUGUCGGCUCUUUGAGUGACAUCUUCAACGGUUUUCUCAACUGUAAAUACAACAAAUGCCCCUAUAUUAUUGGAACAAUGAACCAAGGCGUGUCAUCAUCGCCAAAUCUAGAGCUGCAUCACAACUUCAGGUGGGUCCUAUGUGCUAAUCACACAGAACCAGUGAAAGGUUUUCUGGGUCGAUAUCUGCGAAGGAAACUGAUUGAGACUGAGCUAGAAAGGAAUAUUCGCAAUACUGACCUCAUCAAAAUUAUAGACUGGAUUCCUAAAACGUGGCAUCACCUCAACAGCUUUUUAGAAACUCACAGUUCUUCGGAUGUGACCAUUGGUCCCCGCCUUUUCCUUCCUUGCCCAAUGGAUGUAGAUGGCUCUAGAGUAUGGUUCACUGAUCUCUGGAACUAUUCUUUGAUACCAUAUCUUCUGGAGGCAGUGAGAGAGGGCCUUCAGAUGUACGGGAAACGGGCACCCUGGGAAGAUCCCUCGAAGUGGGUCGUUGAUACUUACCCAUGGAGCUCGGCCACUCAGCAGUCCGAGUGCCCACCUUUACUUCAGUUAAGACCGGAAGACGUCGGGUACGAAGGCUACACGUCGGCUAAGGAAGGAACGACAUCAAAGCACGUUCCGCAGACUGAGUCAGACGGGGACCCCUUGAUGAAUAUGCUAAUGAAACUUCAAGAAGCGGCCAAUUACUCGAGUGCACAAAGCUGUGACAGUGAUAGCACCAGUCACCACGAUGACAUUUUGGAUUCAUCUCUUGAGUCAACUCUCUAGAGGGGAUAAAGUUAGAGGAUUAGAGCAAAAAAUAAAAAAUAAAAACCGAAAAAAAUCCAUUUCCACUCAACCACUGCCAGUAUUAAAGCUGUUCGCUGAGGUCUCUGACCACGAAUGGUGUGCUGCAAUGAGACAGGAGAUUUAACUCUGAAAAGCCAAGAUGCUAAAUUGAAGUGGAAAGCUUGAAUUAGUUUUAUUUCCAGGUGUUUCAGAAUCAGUGGAGUCACGCGAGGCUCCGGUAUAACUGGAAAGGGCCCAAGGCAAAGGGCGACUAAGCAGAUUGCACAUGGGUAAACCAAACUGGAAUUUUAUUUCUCUUUAAAAGUUUACAGUGCAAACCUUUAGUUUGGUUCUCUUAUAUUUUGUUUUUCUUCUCUCCUUUUGUUUAUGCCGGGGUUUCUGCAUUAGGGAUGCAGCUCCUUGAUCUUCUAUGCCUCCCCUAAUGUCCAUCAUGCCCAAUGGUGCUGGCCACAUGAUCCAGGAGUGUUUGUGCUGUUAGCUACUGACCAUUCCCCAAUGAAUCAGAAAGAAUAGUCCUCCAUAAGCACAAGCAGUAUUUAUUGUGCAAUCGCCAGAAAACACUACUGUGAGAUGCUAGAUAAGUGCCAAUAUCAUCCUUAACUGCCAUGUUCACAGUGAUGUGUUCCACCAACUUUUUAGCAGACAGGUUACAGGUUUUAUAAAGUUGU